AUGGGCACUUGGACAGCCAACCUCUUCCAGAACAUUCUCGACUCGCGGCGGCAGAAGUAUGGCGACGGGAAUGCCAAAACCCUCACAAGCAUGACACACAUGGGUGGCAUCCUUGAGAAACGAGGCCAGCUCAACGACGCCCUAGAUCACUAUGGUGAAGCGAUGCACUAUCGGAGGGAGGUGCUGGGAGACAAGCAUCCCAAAACUUUACAGAGCAUUGGAAAGAUGGCUGCCAUGUGCAAACAGCAUGGGCAGCACUAUGAGGCGCAAAUCCUAGCACAAGAAGCGCUCUUCGGCUCGCGCAAGAUGUUCGGCGAGCAGGCACCCGACACGUUGGAUGCGGUCAACAACCUUGGGGCAGUGUGGAAGGCGCAGGGAGAGUUCAAAGAAGCGGAGAAAUGCUUCAGGGACGCGUACAAGAGGCGCCAGGAAACUCUCGGACCGAAGCACCCGGAUACUCUCACAAGCUUGAACAACUUGGCCUGCACUGUUGAUGAGCUGGGGAAUGCCAAGGAGGCUGGAAAACUGUAUCAGCAGUGUCUAGAGACCCGGAGAACUGUCCUUGGGCCCUCUCACCCUGACACCAUGACGAGCAUGAGUAACCUGGCACUCUUUUUGCGUGCCAACGGGCAGAGGCUGGAGGCAGAGGCGCUCCUGGCGAAGGUGCUGGACGGCCGUCGCAAGAUCUUUGGCGUCAAGCACCCAGAUACCAUCAUCAGCAUGAACAACUGCGCGGCCAUUGCGAGCGAUGAAGUUCAGGACUUUCGAGAGAGCAAUGACACCCUCGAGUUGAAGAAAGCCUUUGAGAAAGCCCAUGCUCUUCUCAGAGAGGCAGUGGCUGCUUCUCAGAAGAAUUUGGGCAAGCGACAUCCGCUUGCACUGAAGAGUAUGAACAAUCUCGCUGGUUUGCUCCGCGACAAUGGGAAUCUCGAGGAAUCUGAGAGGCUUUAUGAGAAGGUGGUGGCUGGCAUGCGGUCAUCUCAAGGCUUCUAUCAUCUGGACACUUUGACGGCCAUCAACAACCACGCGGGUGUGCUUAGACUCCAGGGUGAUGCAGUUCGAGCGGAAGGGCUCUACAAGGAAGCAUCCGAAGGUAUCGUGAAGAAGCUCGGGGACGCACACCCAAUAAGCUUGUCUACACUCUACAACUGGGCGUUGACCUUGGACGCUCUAGGGGACUUCGAGAGCGCUAUCCCGCUGUACCUGCACCACUUGGAGCAUGGGCAGUACACUCCAGAGCAACGGAUCGCAGCGGCCCGCCAGCUAAGCGAGCGCCUGCGAAGGGCCGGCAAGCUCGAUGAGGUCGGUGUCUCGAGACGGGCCCCAAAAGACCGUAGAAGUUGCCCAACCUAA